AUAUAAAAAUGGAAGAUGAAUCCAUUGAAGAAUUAGUGUCUUUGGCUAUUCAAUUAGAAGAGAAAGGACAGAUUAAAGAUGCUUACUUUUCUUUUACUUCCUUAAGCCAAAAAGCAAUACAGUCUUUAGCAGAAAUUAAAUUUGUACAUUCAUCCAUCAUUUCAAUCCCAAAGCAGCACGCUAUCCUUAUUUCAGCCAUAAAAACAUGUUUACUACACAUUGAAUCAAUCAUUGAGAGCCAUUCUACAAUAUCAAGACAAAUGACGGGUGAAUCCAAGCAGGCUCCUCCACCCUUGCCUCCAAAGCCUACAAAGAUACAGAAGCCUCUUGUACCACCCAAACCUGCUCGUGUUUCUCGUCCUUCUUCUGUUGUUAUAAAAGAAGAAAUAGAUAACAAUGAUGGACUAUUAGUAAAACCACGUGUCAAUUAUAACAUCAGUAAUAGUAGUCGACCUAUCAGUUUACCUGCAGCUCGUCAUCACUAUCAACAAACAAAUACGAGACCACAGACAGAAUACUUGAAUGAACCACGAGCCGUAGACGUUGUGGCCGAAGGUGAAGUGGAUCCCAAUUACCUCGUUCCUGCUCAAACAAAUGCUGGUGAUAGUUUGACACCUGCUAUAGUCUCUUCAAUGAAUACCGAUCACGUUCCUCUUAUUCCCGCCCCACCACUUCUCACAACUCAUCGUAACCUGCAAGCCAAGCUGGAUGACUUGGAAGAGAAACUGAGACAAUGCAGAAUGAAAAAACAAGCGAUUAUGGAAGGCAGACAAACUGAAACAAACAAUAUGACCGAAGAAAGUUUGGAUCAAAUGAUUGCUCAAUAUUUACGUGUCAUGGCUGAAAUUAAAGCAACAUUGAAUGGUGUACGAACGAUCUAUAUGAGUGCAGCUACAAUACCAAAUGUACUCCAAUUCCAAGCACACAUCAUUGCCUAUCAACUAACACUUAUUGAUGCUGCUAUAUUUAACGCAAUACCUCCUCCAGCCUUAUUAGAACAUUCAUCAAAACAUCCUCAUCCUCGCAUUGUUGCAUCUACUGAUUUUUUUAAUUACAUCACCCGUUUUAUAGAACACUCUAUUCUUCUGCCCCAAGAGGCUUCUGCACGAGCUCAGCAUAUCCAUUAUUGGAUCAAAGUGGCUUCUCGCUGCUUAGAUGUAAAUAACUAUCAAACACUAAAAGCCAUCAUUUCAGCAUUAAAUACUCCACCUGUACAACGUCUGAAGAGGACAUGGUCUUAUAUACCAAAGAAAAGCUCCACAAAAUUAGAGACAUUAAAUGACCUCAUGUCUGAGGCCAAUAACUAUGGAAACUAUCGUGAACACAUGGGAAUGGUCAAUACAACGGUGGUGAAUGGGAAGAGUGUACAAAUGAUUCGUGAUGAGCAUUUCUCAAGGCCUACGGUUCCCUUUUUAGGCACCUUUAUUCAUGAUGUAACCUAUCUUUUGGCUGCCUUCAAAUCCAGUCCAGCGGCAGCAACAAUGUCACCCGAGGAGGAGCCCAGGAUUCAGGAAGUGCUGAAUACAAUGCGCCGGUUUCAAACUGGCCCACGAUAUACACCAACGAUACCCUCUUUUCUCUUGAAGUCAUCUCAAAAGCAUCAUUUUAGGCCGGCCAUCUCUAAUGCUCUACACCGAGGUGCGUCUCGUAUCCAGCGCAUGAGUGGCGGAAACAUCUUUGGAUUCGAUUCUAGUAGCAACAGCAACAGCAGUGGUGUAAGCUCCUCUAGUCUAAGUUUUAUGAGCGAUAAAGAAGAUGAUGAAGAUAACUUGGAAGAGCAACAAAAGAUGGCAACACAAUAUAUCCUGAUGCGAUCAUGGGUCAGUCAGAAUACAGUAGACGAACUUAGUACAUUGCGUGAACCUCUACAGUCAAAAUCGAAUAGUAUGUACGGAUCACGUAGUAACAGUAAUGGACCUACGAGUUCAAUCAGCAUGAAUCGGACAAGCUCCAUGUUUAGCAAUACAAGUUCCAAUGUUCGCUUCAGUACAGGAUCAACCUCAUUAAAUACCUCAGGAGGCAGUGGAGGUGAUAGUCGACCAGCAAGCAUGGAUGGUUACGUCUAAUUUAGUGUAUUAUUUAAACAUGAUAUAUAUAUAUAUAUAUAUAUA